AUGGAACCAGAUUCAGGAGCGGUAAGAAACUUUAGAGAUUUCCUUCAGCUCUAUAACAAAAUGACCGAAAUGUGUUUUCAAAGGUGCGUGGACAAUUUGAAUGCCAGGAAACUGGAUCUUGUAGAACAAGAAUGCGUUGGAGAUUGCGCCCAGAAAUUUAUAACUUACAACAACAAAUUAAUGCAGAAUUUCGUUAAAACUCAAGGGGAAAUUGUCAAUAGAAGGGUCAAAGAAAACGAGGAAGAACAGAAAAGUUUAGAGGCACAACAAGAAGUUGUAAUGAAUCAACAAGUGUCCGCUGUUAGUUAG